GUCCACUCUACAGCUUUCGUUUCAUGACAAUCAAUUGUUUUCUACUUCUAGAAUUAAAAAAUUGAUUAUCCAUGACUCACCCUGUCACACAGCUGAGUAGCUGACCUACUGUCCUACUCAUCCUGCAAAUCAUAAAUCAUUAGCACCUCCUAAAGGUUCCCAUAUCACAAUUUACACAUCUUACUCAAUCAAAGAUCAAUGCCCCCCAAAAAAAUAAAAUUUCUUUCAAAUAUUAUUCCUUUGAUUUUUUCUGCUUACGUACCAUAUAAACUAUUCAUUGUCAAACUAUAUUAUAUAUCAAAAUUUCCCAUACUUCUGCAUAAUUUCUUCUGAUUUUAGUGGUUGAUUUGCACUCGACUAAUUCAUAGUGAGCAAUAACAAGAACAGGUCUUGCUCGUAUUUUGUUUUUUUCUUCAAAUCAUUAUAGUAGUUUAUAAUCUACUUUCUUUUGUCCCUUCAUCUUUAAUUUGGGUUCUUUUUUUGUGGGUAUUUCCCCAAAUUCUUAUUGAUUUGAGAAAAAUUAAAGACAUGAAACUAUGCCCAAUUUGUAAAAGAUUCAAUCUUUUCUGUAAAUUUAGGGCAUACCCUUAUACCAAAUUCUUUGUCUCUUAUGGAGAAAGAGAAGAAUUCAACUGAUAUCAUCAAUGUUCAAACCCCACUUCUUCAACCUAAUGGGACCCACCAACAGAUUCAUCAACCUAUUAACAAUAAUCACAAUAAUGAGCAACAACAACAACAACAACAUCAAGUUGAUCAUAAACAACAAGAGAAUGUUGCCAAUGUUGUUGUUGUUGUUGCUGCUGAUGUUGAUGGAGAAGAAGAAGAUACCCAACUUGAUAAAACCCUUAAAAAGUUGGAAUUUUAUCUCAGAUUUUUGGGUUUUGAUCAGACAACUCCAUUGAGGUUUAUUUUGUCUUGGAUUGUGUUUUUGAUUGUGGGUGUUGCAGUUCCUGUGUUAAUUAUUGAGCUCACCCAUUGUUUGGAUUGUGAAGAUUAUCAAGUGAAGGAUUUUGAGUAUGAAAUUCUUACCUCACAUCUUCUUCUUGGUGGUGUUUCUUUGAUUUGUGUGGCCUACAAUAUUAAUAAAAGAGGGUUUCGGAAAUUCUUGUUUGUUGAUCGGUAUAGGGGGCAUACCUCCCGUUUCAAGGAUCAAUAUAUCAAAAAGAUUAAGGGUUCCUAUCGCCUGCUGUUACGGUCGUUGCUUCCUUGUUGCAUCUUGAAGGCGGUUCAUGAGAUCAUGCGCAUGAUAUAUGUGCAAAACCAAUCUUGGUGGCUGGCUAUUUUCAAUGCCGUCGUAUUAGUAGCAUCUUGGACAUACCUAAGUGUGAUAACUCUGGCAGCCUGCAUUCUCUUUCAUUUAGCCUGCAAUUUGCAAGUUAUCCAUUUCAAUGAUUAUGCAAAACUCUUGGACAAAGAAUCCAGUAUUAUGGCUUUGAUGGAUGAGCACAUGCGAUUAAGGGAGUACCUCUCCAAAAUCAGCCAUAGAUUUCGAAUAUAUCUUAUCUUGGUCUUCCUGUUUGUCACUGCUAGCCUAUGUAUGACGCUGGUACAGAUCACGGGUGUUAAUGGAAGAGUUACUUUUCUAAAUGGUGGAAAUUUUGCUGUGACUUCGAUUGUCCAAGUUGCUGAGACAAUUCUUUGCUUGCAUGCUGGUACAAAAAUUUCCUCCAGAGCCCAGGGAAUUGGUGCAGUGGCAUGUAGAUGGCAUGCAUUAUUAACUUGCAAGUCCCUUGAAGGAAGACGUUCAAUUUCAAUGGGCUCAUUAUCUUCAAAUUAUUCUGGGAGUGAAUCGAGUUUGCUAGAUGAAAAUUCAAUUGUUAGCCACUCGCAAUUUGCUUCUGUUUCUUCAUAUAACAAGAGACAGUCUUUUGUGAUGUAUUUGCAGACGAAUCCUGGAGGGUUAACCUUGUAUGGAUGGACGGUGGAUCGGUCGCUUUUGUCCACAAUUUUUGCGGUCGAGCUCUCACUGGUUUUGUUUGUAUUAGGUCAAACCAUUGUUUUCUCUUCCCCAUCAGAGUGACACUUUUUCGGGUACUACAGUGUUCCACCAUGGAUUACUAUCAGCUACGCAGAUGAUGUUUUGUUCUGAUUAAUUGCUUCACGGUUUAAAGGUCUGUUAUCAUACUUGGAAAAAAACCUUAUAGCAAACUUCAUUUCAAGACUGCUUUUUGUUUGCUCCCUCGGAUUCUUACCGCCAUUGCGUGCUAUAUUUUGGUGCACGAGGCGGAUCCAACCUAAUUGCUGAUUACACUGAGUGCAGCCUUCCAUCUUGUAUAUUUUGUACCUCGUAGUAUAUUCGUUUGUAUAUAAAUUUUUUGAACAAUGAACAUUAAAUUGGUUUCCCCAACUGGAACUAUAUUGUAAGAUGUAAAAGUGACUAUUGUAUACUUGAGUGAAUGUGAAUAAAUAUGAUCAUGGAUGCUGUUUGUAA